CUGUCCAUGUCUAAUCCCGAUGAACGAAAAUGAGUCAAAGCACUCACUCUAUCAUUCAAUGUGUGUGUUUUGUCUUCUUUGGGCUUUCAUGGCUCUUCAACAUAUUUUGAUUGUUUCGAUCAAGAAAUGCAGAUAUUUCAUUCAACAUAUCGAUUAAUCACCUUAUCAUUACUGUAGAACUAUCUAUUAUAUCUCCUAAAGAAUCACUUUCUGUCUAUCUAUUUCCGCCAUCUUAUCAACGAUACGACUGAUCAUCUCUUUUUCAUUAUCUGGAAAUCAGAAGUUUGACUAAAUUUUUGCCGAUUGACUGAGAGGAAGCUCAAAGUCACCACCCUUUUUGAACAAUUGAGUCACUAAUGAGUUAAUAUUUGCGCCAUAAGGCUGCAUAAAAAAGCUUUUUUUCAUUGGGAUCUGGGCUAAUUUUCUUGUUAAAAGAAGUUAAAACAAAUUUAAUUCAGUGAUUGUAAGAAAACAUUUCCAUUCGAAAUUCAAUACAAGAACCUCCAGGAUAUCUUGUUGGUCCUCAAACCGAAAGACCAUCAAAUAAUGUGUUUCAUUCGCAACCAGGUACACACUUGGUGCAGUCAUUUUAUCCUCGGCUUUACUAUGGAGCGAAACUACUAUCGACCUAGAUACCUAAAUUGUUUGCAGGUUUUCCCCUAAGUAAAUAUAAUUUGUCUUUUAUUUUUAUAUUUUAACAGGUAAUUUGAUGCCAACUCCACUGAUACCAAAUUGCCCACCAGGACUAGAAUAUUUAACUCAAAUUGAUCAACUUCUUAUUCAACAGAAAGUUGAACUUCUUGAAGCUUUCAUUGGCUUUGAGACAAAAAACAAAUAUCACAUUAAAAACAGUAUGGGGCAGAAAAUAUUCAAUGCUAUUGAAGGUAACAUGUUGAUAUCGCAAGUAACCUUUCAACUAAUUGUACUUCUUCUCUCUUGAUUUCAUUAGAUUCCGAUUGCUGUACCAGGGCUUGCUGUGGGCCUGUAAGACCGUUUAAUAUGAAAAUUACCGAUAGCGAGGAACAAGAAGUUUUAAAUAUCUACCGGUAAUACAUUAAAUCUGUCAAUAACUCAUCUCUUAUUGAGGCUUCUUCAUUAUUAUUCAUUUUCCAUUCAGACUUUUGAAAUGUCAAGGAUGUUGUUUCCCUUGUUGUCUCCAAAGUAUGCAAGUUACUGCUUCUGGUGUGAUUUGUGGCCAUAUUGAACAAACUUGGAGUCUGUUUGAGCCAAAAUUCAAAGUAUGCGAUUCUUCUGGUGAAACAGUUUUACGGAUUGAAGGACCAUUUUGUACUUUCUCUUUCUGUGGUGAUGUUGUAUUUAAAGUUUUAUCACGCGAUGGUGACACUCAAAUCGGUUGUAUAACUAAACAAUGGUCUGGUUUAGCUCGAGAAGUAUUCACUGACGCUGAUCAUUUCGGCAUUUCAUUCCCAAUGGAUUUAGAUGUCAAUAUUAAAGCUGUAUUAUUGGGAGCUUGUUUCUUAAUUGAUUUUAUGUAUUUUGAAACUAAACAGUGAUGCUGCAGGCAGAUGAUCCGAAUAAAAUGGGAUUGGAUAAAAUCCCGUUUCAAUGAAAUGAACCUUUUUUAAACGCAAUGUGAUUCUGGAUAAUUAUAUUGGGUAAACGUUGAAAAUUAGAUGUGGAAUAACACUCAACAACUAAGAAGGUUUUCGGUAGUUAAGAUUGAUUUAGGUUUAAUUGGUGAUGUGUGAGAGUUGAACUUUCUGCAGUUGGAUAUUUGCCCUUAUAUUUAUCAUAUGUAUUAUUUUAUACAAAACAAAAUAAAUUUAAACUUCUAUCAAUUUACACCAAAUGGAAUCGUAUCAAAUCUGUUAACUAUUAACUCAUGUUUGUCGAGUUUUUUUAUAAAAUUAUGACCAACAAAUCGCACAGUUUUAUCAUUUUACGGUCUCUCUCUUACGGUCGCAGAAUGCGAUCGGUUUAACUGAAAUUCGAACGAAUCUGUUGUACAGAAAAAGAAAAGUUCUAAUUCUAAAAAUAAAUACAUUUUCUGGUUGAUAA